AUGGCUCAAUCCCAAACACAACAGCAAAUGAUGACUCUAAAUCAAUCUUUGUUCUAUCAACAAAGUGUUGCCAUUAGAAACCUGGAAACACAAGUUAGCCAACUUGCUCUUAAUCAAAAUAGUAGAGCCCUUGGUACUUUGCCUAGUAACACUGAAGUCCCGAGAGAUCUAGGAAAAGAUCAUGUAAAGGUAGUGACUCUUAAGAGUGGUAAGGAAUUAACGGAGACCAUACCAAAAGACAGUGAACAGGUUGUGUCCAAACCUAAGGCUGUACCCAUGGUCCCUGUUACUGAAAGUCCACCUAAACCUAUGGAUGACCAACCUCCUAUGACCACCACUUUUGUUCCUCCUAAGUCGAACUAUCCUUUGUUAUUCCCUGAAGAAGUUGUUAGGAAAAAGCCAAUUGAGGAUGAGGUUAUAACAGAGGUUAAGGAAUCAAAAAAAGAACUACAAUUCAAGAAGUUUUUGGAAGUGUUUAAAGAAUUGCAUAUUAGCAUACCCCUUGUUGAAGCAAUUGAGCAAAUGCCCAGUUAUGCCAAGUUCCUUAAAGAUAUUUUGAGUAAGAAGAAGAAGUUAACCGAAUAUGAGAUCGUAGCUCUUACCGAGGGAUGUAGUGCGCUUCUAACCAACAAAAUACCCCCCAAGCUUAAAGACCCAGGGAGUUUCACUAUUACUUGUUCUAUAGGUGGAAAGGAGAUUGGUAAAGUUUUGUGUGAUUUAGGAGCUAGUAUCAACCUUAUGCCCUUGUCUGUUUUUGUUAGCUCUGUUAUUCAUCUCUUGUAA